CCUAUUCUUACUCACUCUGGAGUUGUGUGCUCGUGUUGUUGUUUCUACUGUCUUUCUCUUCGACCUCUCUCUCUCUCUCUCUCCUAGUAUUUUUCAGCUAACCUUUUUCAUUUGCAGACUCUCCAAACCCUAACCCUAACCCUAAUUUCCAACCUUCUCACACAGCCUCUCAGAAUAUGGGAGAGACCAGGGAGAACGAUGGUUACGAAGAAGAGCUUGUUGAUUACGAUGAUGAAGAAGCCAAUGCCCCGGCCUCCGUCGCAGCCAAAGUCAACGGCGAAACAGUCAAGAAGGGCUAUGUUGGAAUUCACAGUUCAGGAUUCAGAGACUUUCUUUUGAAGCCAGAGCUUCUUCGAGCUAUUGUGGACUCGGGAUUUGAGCAUCCUUCUGAAGGUAAUAUACUAUUGUCAUAAACUUGAUUUCGGGAAACUUAUGUGGUUUGGUUACCCUUUCCAUUAAAAGGAUCAGAGAGGUUAUAUUUUACUUACCGAUGGUUCCUUCGAUCCAAUUUUCUUUGGUUCUUCAUCAGUGCAACAUGAAUGUAUCCCUCAAGCUAUUCUGGGUAUGGAUGUCAUUUGUCAAGCUAAGUCUGGAAUGGGAAAAACUGCUGUUUUUGUUCUUUCAACAUUGCAGCAGAUUGAACCUGUUGCCGGCCAAGUUUCUGCAAUUGUUCUGUGUCAUACAAGGGAGUUAGCAUACCAGAUUUGUCAUGAGUUUGAGAGAUUCAGCACAUACUUGCCUGAUCUAAAGGUUGCUGUCUUCUACGGUGGUGUCAACAUCAAAGUUCACAAGGAUUUGCUGAAAAACGAAUGCCCUCAUAUUGUUGUUGGAACGCCUGGAAGAAUAUUGGCACUGGCAAGAGAGAAGGACCUUUCUUUGAAGAAUGUGAGGCAUUUUAUUCUGGAUGAAUGUGACAAGAUGCUUGAAUCACUUGACAUGAGGAGAGAUGUGCAGGAGAUCUUCAAGAUGACUCCUCAUGAUAAACAAGUAAUGAUGUUUUCUGCAACACUCAGCAAAGAAAUCCGCCCAGUUUGCAAGAGAUUUAUGCAAGAACCAAUGGAAAUUUAUGUUGACGACGAGGCCAAGUUGACCCUGCAUGGUCUUGUUCAGCACUACAUCAAAUUGAGCGAGUCAGAGAAAAACCGCAAGUUGAAUGACCUCCUCGAUGCACUGGACUUCAAUCAAGUUGUUAUCUUUGUCAAAAGUGUUAAUAGAGCAGCUGAACUGAACAAGCUACUGAAGGAGUGCAAUUUUCCCUCCAUAUGCAUCCAUUCUGGGAUGUCCCAGGAGGAAAGGUUGACGCGCUACAAAGGUUUUAAGGAAGGGCAGUCAAGGAUUCUUGUAGCCACCGAUUUGGUUGGUAGGGGGAUAGACAUUGAACGCGUUAACAUUGUCAUCAAUUAUGACAUGCCAGAUUCGGCAGACACUUAUCUGCACAGGGUUGGUAGAGCUGGUAGGUUCGGCACCAAAGGGCUUGCAAUUACGUUUGUUUCAUCUGCUUCUGAUUCGGAGGUUCUCAAUAAUGUUCAGAUGAGGUUUGAGGUGGAUAUAAAAGAACUUCCUGAACAGAUUGAUACCUCUACAUACAUGCCAUCAUAGGUUGACAUAUCCACGUUGGAACCAUCACUUGGAUAAAAUUGGCGGGCGUGCUGCAGACCCUUUGUGUUAUGUUUCAAACUGAUGUGAAACAAUUGACUUUGGAAAUGGCAGUUUCUUGAUCUGGUGUACUCUGCAUCGGAGUUACUGUAGCCUUUAAAAACUGUUGCUGGUCGCAUAGCAUGUGAGGAUUUAGAGUUUAUGCUAUUAGGGCUUUGCACUAGUUGCUUUUUGUUUGCUGCGUUGAUUUGGAAGUAUUAUGUAUUAAUCAGGGCUUCAUUUUAAUCAUUUAUAGCUGGAGCUUAGAAUAAAACUUGAUAUCUUAGAAUUACGAAAAUUGUUAGCCCCACUAUGAUGAUUGCAUUUAGUACUUGUCAUCGGCCACCCUCUGCUCGUUUAAAAGCUGCAUGUAAUCAGAGUAUAAUUGCAGGAUCCUUUUUGAGUGCUCUCAAGGCUUUUGUUAGGUAAGAAGGAAAGGAUACACAGAAUGAAAACGAGAGACUGAUUUUCUUUCUGAGUUUGGUAGGAGUAGAAAUGCUGAUAGAAUAUGUUCUCUUUUCUUUACCUUUUGGGAAGAUUGAAGAUGUGGCGUUGAUUAGAAAUCAAUCAUUUAUAUUUAUUUUCA